CUGUUGCUGUAAAGUUAUGCCAUAGUCCGCGGCUCAUACUUUGUGUUUAUUACAACAAAACGUCGUAGCAGACGUGCGCUGACCGUCUACACCAACUUUAUCGACUGUCGUCCUGCGAGCCGACCGUAUUUGUUUGGGAAGAACGUGUCGGAGCAACUUUCGGAAUGAGUUUGAGCGAGCACUCGUUGCAGGCUCUGUCAUGGAGAAAACUGUACUUGAGCCGAGCCAAGUUAAAAGCCACCAGCCGCACUUCAGCUCUCCUGUCGGGAUUCGCCAUGGUUGCCAUGGUGGAGGUACAGCUGGAGGAUGAGCAUAACUAUCCCCAAGGACUGCUCAUAGCCUUCAGCGCCUGCACCACCAUUCUGGUUGCAGUUCACCUAUUUGCCCUCAUGAUCAGCACCUGCAUCCUGCCGAAUCUUGAGGCCGUCAGCAAUGUCCACAACCUUAACUCUGUCAACGAAUCUCCUCAUGAGCGCAUGCACCGCCACAUAGAGCUGGCCUGGGCUUUCUCCACAGUCAUCGGCACCCUCCUUUUCCUGACGGAGGUGGUGCUCUUGUGCUGGGUCAAAUUCUUACCUCUCAAACCUCACAACCACCAGUACAACAGCACCAUCAACUCUGGCCAGGCAGCAGCCAUCGCUUCCACCUCCAUCAUGGUGCCGUUUGGGAUCGUCUUCAUUGUGUUUGCCGUCCACUUCUACCGUACGCUUGUCAGUCACAAAACGGAUCGUCAGAUCCGGGAGCUGGAGCAGGUUAUCAGGCUGCAGAACCAGCUGGACCACAGGGCUGAGAAUGAUGACCUGCAGGCCUCCAUCCAUUUUCCCUGAUCACACUGAGACAAAGCAGUGGAUUGUCAGUAGUGCCAUUGCAAAACCUCUGAUCAAAGCUUCUUUUUUAAAAUUUUAUUUUAUUUUAUUUUAUGGAAAACGAUGUGGACUGUGUUAUUUUUUGCUUUAAUUGCAAGUUUCUUCUGUCAGCAUCACAGAUUUUGACGGCAUCCACAUCUGGACACUGCAUGUUCAUUGUCUUCCGCACUUUAGAUAGUAUACAAAUAGUGUUACCUUGAUUCUUAUUGAGGUAAAUUCUCUUCCCUCAAUAUGGGGGCUUAUGUUCCACUGGCUUUUGUUACUACAUCUUGUUCUUACCAUAAGGCUAAAACCAGGUGUACUCCAAACCUGACACUGUCAUAGAAAUUUGAAUCAUCAUAUUGUGGAAGUAAAGAUUUAUAGAAGUAAAUAGCUACCUACCUAGUUUACAUGACAAAGAGGUGCAGCACAACAGCUUUACAUGCAAGUUGAGCUGAAAUUUAAAAUAGGCAUAAAUAUUGUUUGCAUUGGUACCAUUGGAGUUUUGAAUGGGAGAGCUACUUAUGUCCUGUAAGCAAACAUAAUUGUCAGAUUAUUUGCUCUUAUUAGGACGUUCUUUCAUACUGUAGUGUUGUGUUGCCUUAUCAUCUACUGUAGGAAAUAUGGGAAACCUGAGGAAGAUCCACAUCGGAUCAAAACAUUGUCAGUUGUUAAAAGUUUCAUGAAUAUCUUUACUGCUCUCUAGUGUGACUCUCUAGUUUUUUGUAUUUAAAUGAAGCCGAUCCUGCAGAGCUAGUUAAGGCAGACUAACUGGAGUGGCGCUCUUGCUCCAGUUAACUGACAUGUCAGGUGAGAUUGUUCAUUCUCUGCCCCCCAGCAUCCACCUGUGUGUGGCACUGAUCUGUUGCUGCUCUUUCAGUUACAUUUCACAGGGAGUGAGCCAAAACAGAGCCUUGGUGCCAAAAUAUCAUCUAUAUUUUGCUUUAAUCUCUAUGAAAAUGCUAAUAUCCAGUAUGUGAGUUGUAUGACUGAAGUGUUACGGUGUGACCUGGGUGCUGUGAAACUUUUGUCUUUGGCAGCUUGGAUACUGAAAUGUUUAUGGAAUGAUGUGUUUCCUUUAUGAAAAUGUAUUUGGCAGGAGCACACUUCUAGUUCAUUUGAUAUACAGACGCUCAAACUCACUGUACUGGGAAGUUUGCUUUGAAAAUGCAGUGUUUGCUAUAUUCACUGUAUUGCUAUUCUCUGCAGCCCUAACUCACCCUUACCCUUUCCCUCACCCAGAGGGCCAGUAUUGAAUAUUUUUCAGUACUCUGAACAGUUUACAUUUUACUGUUUACUGCAUGCCCCCAUAUCUGACAAGUUCAUACAAAGAAUGCAUAAAAACUGUUAUCAAGGCAUAUAAUAGAAUUGCAGUGCUUGCAAGAUUACUAUUCAUAUGUUUAGCUACUCAGCAUUGAGCUCUAGUCGAAAGACAGUGUUGCUGAACAGUUUUUUCCUCCGGUCUACUACAUGAGGCAACAGAAAACAUCUUAAAAACAUGUCGAUCAGGGAAUGCUGUUAUCCAAAGUGCCUUACUGUAAUGGGAUGUGAGCACAAGUAUUGUUAUUAUCUUCUUUCAGUGGAAAUCAAACUGUUAUAAAGGCCUGCAUUUUGACAAUGAUUAGGAUGCCUAUGAUGAAGACAUAUCGUUUUUCUACUCUCAGAGACUUUCAGUCAUGUUGAAAUUUGCUUGAUAUCCCGUUGGUCUUGGAACUCAAGAGCUGCCUGUACUGCAACCCACCGAUCUGAUUACUGGUUUUAGAACUGGUGAUACAUGUGGAAAAAUGUACUCCAGAGCCUGCCUUUCUUCGAUAUGUUUAAAAGUUGGUUACUUUUUGUACUUUUAGUAGUUUACAAGCUUGAGUGUGGUUAUGCACCUAGUGUAUUUAUAGAUGUAGGUGUGGUGUAUCCUGUGUAUUCUCUUUGUGAGUGUCCUGUUAACAGAUUGUAGACUUGCUCCGUUGUGGUUUGACCAGUUGCCCACUUUCUUUCAAAGCCCUCAGUGUAAUGGUGCUGUGAACAAAUAGCCACUUCAGAAAUCUGGCAUUUGGUUCGAAGGCAUUAAGCUCAAAUCAGGUGCACAGUUUUCACACUCUUUAAUGAUUUUGACGUGCCAUAGUGGACAAGCUACAUGACACAUUGUGUAGCUUCUCAAGGAUGCAAGGCUCCCAAAAGUUUUCUUCAAACUGGUUCAGACGAGUCAGUCUUAUCUUUAACUGUGAUAUUUAGCAGAGAAGAGGAAAAAGCCAUUAAAAACUGGUAUUUAAGGCUGUUUGGUAAAUUUACAUCUCCGCAGUGGCCACUAUACUUCUCCAAAGCGCUGUAUUUUUAUGUAUGUGAACUUAUAAGUUGCUGCUUCUUGCAGAAGGGGUGAAAUGUGGAAUGUUACUGAUACAAAUAGUUACAGUGGUAUACGGAUGAAUGUAGACACCUUUUCAGCAGCUUCUGCCACAACUGUAUUGUUUUAUGGCAAAGAUAGGAUUUAUUCAGUUUAUAUGAAUGAAAGUUAUAUAAUGCAGGGUCAUCAUUACAGUGUCAGAGCCAUUGCCUUCUUUGGUGUAAUUUUUUUUUUUUUUUUUUUUUUUUUUAAAUAGAUCUAAGGAAAUUAUUACUUGUUCCUUUGGUUACUCUUUUAUGUGUGGUGUUUUUUUUGUUUUUUUUUACCCAAUACAAAUAAUAUACAGAUGUUUCACUGCUUGCGUGAACACACAGCUUUUAGGCAGGUUUUUGAUCUUGUGUUAUAUUAAGUGUUGAAAUGUUUGAUUGCAUUACAGUUUAUUUGCUUAUCUGUGUUCUAUUAGCUGAUCAGUAAGUUGCAACUCUUUGACCUGCUAAGAUUAAUGUUGCAAGUAUGUUGAAUAAACACA